AUGCAAAGCCUUGUUCUCUCUCGCUUUUCCAAUUUUUGCUCAAUUCGUGUCCAUAGCGUACAUAAUGGCGAGGAGAGGAAGCAUGCAGCAACGUCGUGGAGGGUUAAGUCGAAGGCCCGCAAGUUGGUUGCAAUUUGCAUGGGUGGAGCUUUGUUGCUUUCCAGCGGCCAGGCUGUUGCAGGUCCUCUGCCCGAAAGACUUCAGGAUAAAGGUUUUCAGCAGCAGAAAACGGUCACAAGUGUUCAGCCAGCAAUUAGUGGGGCGACCGCUACAUGCACGUUUCCAACGGCAGGCGCAGGCGGAGCCGCCGUCACACCUGGCGGUGGUAUCUUGACGUUGGCGAAAGAAAGUCUGUCGGCUACUUUGCAGUGUUCUGUUCAAGACAGUUCCACGCUAUCCACGAUACCACAGAAUCUGGAAACAAAAGUCUGUGUCGCAAAGGAACAAGGUUCAAAGGCAGUCGAUAGCUGCACGAUUGGUCAAACUGAGUUAGAUGGCACAGAAACCGAUCUGAAUCACCUGCUAGGUGCAAAGCGCGAAAUCGAAUGGACCAAAACUCCAGAGAGUCAGGGCCGCAUAGCCCAAGCCACUACGGCAUGGAACUUGAAGCUUCUGGAAUCGGAUGUGCCAUUCUCAGACAAGUCCUUCUUCGUCGGCUGUCAGGAGACACAGUCGCAGGGUAAGAAUGGUUCAGCGCAAACGAAGUCGACAUGUACUGUAACAGUAAACGUCGAAGCCAGAGCUUCUUCUGUUGGGGAGAAUAACGUGGUCACCUGCGCUUACGGCAAAAACAGCAACCCUAAGCCCUUGGAGGUCGACAUGACAACAGCGAACAACACCCUGACCAUUGACUGCGGUUCCGAGGGUUCUCUCAGUCCGGCGUCAUAUGAGACUCAGUUUUGCGAUCCUCAGGAAAAAGAUUUGAAAAACUGCGCCAAGAAGGAUUAUGUUGAUAUUCUUCCGACUUUCCGUACAACUUGGUGGACAACAGAGAAUGAAGGUAGUUCGGUGAAGCUGACAAUCCCGGAGACGGAGUUUCCGGAAUCAGAACAAACGUUUCGUGUAGCCUGCGUCCCCCGCACGGCAAAUUCCGAGGAAUCUGAUCCUGCAGCGAAGGCUAGGGCAAGCGAGGGAGCACAGACAGAUGUGACUACGUCGAAUUGCAAUGUGGUUGUGACUGUGAAGUCAGGAAGCGCUGCAUCGUCAACUGGUCAAUUGGUAGCUACAGUCUCGGGUGCGGUUGCUUUGUUAGGGCUCUUGCUGGGCUCGUUGUAA